AUGAACAACACUAAUACUCAAGACGGGUCACAGACACCCGGCUCAACUCAACCAACAUCACUACCUCCAUCUGGUGGCAGAAAUGUGGCAAACAGUGACCAGCGAGAAAUUUGUAGAAAUUAUGAGUGGGGUACUUGCACUAAGGGUGCUGCCUGUAGAUUCCGUCAUGUAUUUGAUUAUGAACACAUGAAAGAAACCCUUAAAUUUUGUCAUGACUAUCAAAAUCAUGCAGUUUGUUCACGAGAAGGUUGUACCUAUUUGCACACAACUAAAGAAGAGCAGACCUUGUUUUUUUCGACUGGGAAACUGCCAUUGGUACUUAAAAAGAGAUAUGCUAAAUUGUCCAAAGGAGAAACAAUUCAACAGAUUGCCUCAUACAUCAAGGAGGUCGUACCAAAUCCAGCAAUACCACCACCACCACCUUCAGCACCAUCGCAACCUGCGGUAGCAAAACCUAUGGGCUCUGUGCCAGCUCAAGCAACACCAAUGGGGCCAAUGCAUAUGCCAAGAAGGACAAUGGGCGCAAUGCACCCAACAGGGUUGAACAUGGGGCCAAUGAUGUCUAUGCCUUCAAUUGUUGCCCCUCCUCCUCCAAUGCACCCUAUCCAACAUUUGCCUCCACCACCUCCACCACCUACCCAAAGCUCUACAACCACUCCCAACUCAGCACCACCAACUUACACAGCACCAGGACAAUCGGGCAUUGGUUAUGCAGUAAAUCAAACCUCAUCUUCUGUUCUUCCAGCAAAGUUUGAUGCAAGUAAGCCACCACCACCGUUGCCUCACAUUCAAAAUGGAAACUUAAAACGUACAUCACAAAGUGAAAUGGAAGCUGGUCCCAGCAAAUUGCGAAAAGAAAGGGAGGGCCCCGGCGAUGAAGCGCGCUGCGAAUACUGUCAACAGCGACAAUUAAGGAUAGAUAUAUACAAACAGGAAAUCGAAAAGAUGAAUACGCGUGAAAAGUUACAAAUUUUAAUAUACAAGAAGAAACUUGAGGAUUGCCAAAAACGUAAAGAAAUAUUGAAGACUUUACUCAGUCCAGAUCUGUAUAAAUUAUUGGAAGAUUUUCUGGAUGAAUCACCGCCGUUGCCGAAUCAAGUAAAUCAAAAUGAAAUUCCUAACGACAGACAGCUGAUAGUCCAAUUAUUCAAUCUUUUUAUGAACAACGGAAGACCCGCUCCAUCAAGAAACGAUGAAAGAAUACGCAGUUUAUUAUCAACAAAACCGGAUGCAGGCAAAAGUUUAAAUACGGAUACAAUUUUGUCAUUUAUGAAACUUUUAGGUGCCGGUACAAAACCGCCGAAUGCCGAUAAAUCAAACGAGAAUAACAAUGUCUCAAGUAAUGGUAUGAACGACUACACAUAUGGACGUACUUCAACUAAUGCGGACAUACCGGCACCGUUUAAUAUUAGUGUUAACGCCUCAGUUGCAACGACAAUAUGCCUCCAACAAUGGCGAGAUCGUAUAUGCCGCAAGCACCAAUGGCGUCCGUUUUACCCGUUGCAAGUACAUCAAUGUACAAUCAGCAUAACGGAGUACAGGGAUCGCCGCAGACAACAGCAGCAAAACAGACGUCGAGCGUUCCCCCCCCUCCACCAAAUAACCCUAAUACACAAUCGUAUCCAUCGACACCAUAUUACAAUCCGUACCAAUAACGUAAGGAUUUGA